AUGACGCGCUCGGCGCCGGCCGCGUCCCGCUGCGCCAGCACCGCGCCCAGCCCGUGCGGGCUCGCGUCGCACGUCAGCACCAGCGGCCUGUUUAUAUUAAGAGUUCCUGCCACAACACUAUCUUCCAUGACUCUACCUCAGCUUACAGAAUACCUCAGGUCAUAUCUAGCCGCAGACAAUGAAAGAGCGCACAUUCACGUCGAGCCUUCCAUGAAAACGGAGAAAGAAAAACCAUUGUCAGCUAUGCCAACGACUAUUUUGCCGGAUAAGCCUUUAGUUACCGCCCCCUCAAUUAGCACUGACUUCAAACCGCAAUUCGAAGACAACUUCGCGCCUACGAGCGAGACAAGUGAUACAUUCACAAGUGAUACAUUCGUAGCGAACUUCGACGAUUUCGACAAAAAAGCGAACCCCUCCUACGACAGAUACGCAGCGUUCAGAGAAAUACAAGAGCAGGAACUCAAAGCCAAAUCUAUAUUAGAUCCUCUUGACAGCGUAGAAAUGGAAACUAAGCAAGAUUCCGAUGAAAAAGAGGAGCUGACCGCGAUAAAUGACAUUAUGCGAGCAAACGAGGAGCGGAAAAUCGAUGCGAAAGAAACUUCGCGGAGUCCUUUGAAAACGCUCGACGAGUUGACGUUGGACUCCUUCAAUAUGUUUAGAACCUCUGUCAGUCCGAAACCGUCACAGAUCGACGCCAAAAUAGAGGACAUCAAAUCUGUGAUGAAGACUUUGCAAAUAGAGAAACAGAGGCGGAGCGUAUCGCCUAGGGAUAACGGUAACGUGGAUGUGAAGCAAGAGGAUACCAACGAUAGAUACGCAGCUCUGAGGGAGAUCACGAUAACGGAGCCGGCGGAUGAAUUCGAGUCUCUGCCUCCCGAACUGCCAAAAGAGCGGAAAAAGUCGGACGAGAAGUCGGAUGGUUUCGACAACUCGGACUUCUUCGACUGCAUAGACAAUAGCUCGCUCUCUUUCUCGCACGUGGAAGACGCGUUUAGGAAGAGUCCAGUGGUGAAAGAGAGGGAGGUAGAGAAAAAACCGGAGAUUCUUAAGGAGGUUUCAGUGGAGUUAGCGCCGGUGAGAGAUCUGCAGCCACCAGCCAGACUGUCCACGGGUUCCAUCAGCGACGUGCCUAGCGGGUCAUCUCCUGAUACUAAAGAGAAGUGCGUAGGCGUUUGCGGCGUGGGCGUAGGAGGCGGCGUGGGUGUUGGCCCGGGCGUAGUAGGUGCCGGCCGCUGGGCCGUGCUGGCGGGAGCGUCGCCGUGCUCCUCGGAUUCACGCGAUUCCGAACCACGCGCGCGUCGACGUCGCGGGACACCGCCGAAAAACCACAACGUCCAAACGUCAUCAUCAUCCCGAGACGUGUCGCCCUGGGAUGAGGACCUACCUCCAGUGACACGUCUGCAGCGACCGCCCUCGCACCACAGAGACCACCGCGAUAGGGACUCAAGGCACAACUCAUCAGCGGGCUCAAGAGAAUGUCUGGACUCGGGCAGCGGGCGAGAAAAGGACAAAAUCAGAGACAAACGUGAUAUGCGGGAUAGAGAUAGAGAAAUAGGGAGAGACGGGAGAGACUCGGCCAGAGACCGAAGAGACUCCGGCAGCGGGAGAGACCGCCGUGACGUCAGCAAGGAGCGCGACCACAGGGACCAUAGAGAAAGGAGGGAUAGACGGAGUAGGGAUAGGGACAGCGAUAUGUGGGACAGAGAUAGGAAUUACAGUAGGGAUAGAGAUUACAGGGACUCGCGGAGUAGAGAGAGAUCGAAGGAUUAUAGAGAUAAGGACAGGGAUAGGCAUCGGAAGCCGCGGCAUUCUUAUGACGAGGAGGAAGAUUACAGUGAUGGCUGUGGGUCAGGCAGAUCGUCGCCGCGGGAUCGGUGGCCAGACCAACGGUGGAGGAAAGAUGAAAGAAAUUACGGCUCACUAGGCUGGAGGGAAACGAGGCGCAGGGCAGAAAUGAGACAAAGUGAAGACCCUAGUGACAGGAGAUACGGCUCAACGCUGGGCUGGCCGGGACGCCGCUCGGGCAGCACGCGGCGCUCGCCCGAACGCUCGCCGCGCCGCCGCUCGCGCCGAGACGAGCCGCGGACUCGCCGCGACUACCGCUUCUCCAGCGACUUCUCGCCGCGCGACCACGCCUCGCCCUUCGACCACGAGCCCAAGAAGCGCGCGCCCUACAGCAGCCUGGACGGCGCCAGAUUCGCUUUCGACCCCGAAGACGCGACAGCCUCACCGCUGUCCGCGAGCAGUACGCGAGCGCGCGGCGAUGCCGACUCCCCGGCGACGCGGUUCCGAUUCGAUUCCGACUCGAUUUCGCCGCGGUCGAUGUUCGAGGACGACUUCACGAGCAUGUCCACACCACGCGGCCGCACCGCAUCCAUCGCGGAGGAGGAUGAAGAUGUGGCCCCGCUAAGAGCCAAGCCGCAGCCUACGCAUAGAGACAUCAAGAAAUCCGAAUCGGUAAAUAUUUUCACUCGGGAAUCGGACCCGUUUGAAAACGAUGCGUUCUUCGCGUGCACGGGUUCGGACCGCGCCGCGCGCCGCGAAAACUGGCCGGGCGACUUUCAAGGGUUCGGUAACGCGUGAGCCGUCCGCUCUGUCCGCUUUGUUACUCUUUGACCCGAUUGACGAACAUCUCCAAUUCUACAGGGUGUUAGGUAAAUGGGUAUAUAUGCCGACACUAGCCCAUGUUAACAUAGGCAUGUAAAUGGUAUG